AUGACCGGGUUGGCACGCAAAUAUGAAAUCAACGCCGACAUGGGCGAAGGCUUCGGCCGCUGGAAGAUGGCAAGUAGACCGUUCGCUCAUGGCCCCGACUCAGAACUGAUGCCAUUCAUCGACGCCGCCAACAUCGCCUGCGGCUUCCACGCCGGCGACCCGAGCAUCAUGCUCAAGACCAUCCGGCUGUGCAAGCAGCACGGCGUGCGGGCCGGCGCGCACCCGGGCCAGCAGGAUCUCUUCGGGUUCGGCCGCCGCAAAAUCGAGGUCGACCCCGGGGACAUGUACGCGGCGGUGUUGUACCAGGUCGGGGCGCUCAAGGCGAUGCUGGAUGCGGAGGGCGUGGCCCUCGCCCACAUCAAGCCGCACGGCGACCUGUUCUUCUACAUGCAGCGCGACGAGGCGAUCAUGCGCGCGGUGCUGGAGGCCUGCGCCACCUUCCGGGUGCCCGUGUACGGUUCUCAGAAUGCUAAGCAGGCGGCAAUGUGCAAGGAGCUGGGCGUGCCGUUCCAGGGCGAGAUGUAUGUGGAUAUCGACUACUCGCCCGAUGGGCGGCUGCUCCCGGUCGCGCAGUCCCGCGUUCCGACGCCGGAGCUGUGCUACGAGCGGGCGCGGUCCGCUGCGUUGACGGAUGUCGGCAAGGAUAUCGAGGGGAGUGAGUUUCGGUUUGGGCUCGAGGGCACCCCGUUCAGUAUCUGUGUGCAUUCGGAUAUGCCGACCGUGUUGCAGAAUGUGGCGGGCGUGCGCAGAGCGGUCGACGAGGCUAACCGGCUGCGGUUUCCGCAGGAGGCAGGGGCUGAGGAUUCUUGA